GGCACCAUCACAGGGGGGUAAUAUAUAAAUACAUGCCACUUGAAAGGGGCAUACAUUCGUGAGCACGCCGAUACGUGGGCACAUAAAUGCAUACGUGAUGGCUUCCUGGUUGGCAGCCGGUUCCUUUUUUUUUCCAUUUGGGGCGCGUCACAGCAAGCCCUGCAAAGAACUCCAGUUGCGCGGCUGGAUGUGCAUACGUGUAAAGGUAUGCGUGUACGUAUAUAUAUACCUGCACGUAUGCGUGCCUUGUACAUGUGCGGCGCUACAUGUAUGUAGCCCGUGGCAUGGUCCCCGCCAGGAACCACCGCCGAAAAUGAUAUACAUACACGAGUGCGGAUAUAUAUGCACAUACAUAUGCACAUGUAAUGCACAUACAUUUGUGCGUGCUCACUUGGAAACCCUUUUGGAUGCCAAAAAAAUUAGCAAAGCGCAGGAGCCAAAAGUUGCGCCAUGUUGUUACGGGUAGAAGCGAAUGCAUUUUCUCCACUCACCAUUUUCACAACUCGGGAAUGUGAAAAUAUUAGCAAAUAAAAAAAUACUUCAAAAAAUACGACGAAAAUAAAAAAAAAAAAAACUGCAAAGAGGAAGAAGCAUUUUUCGAAAAGAAGCCCAUCAUUCAUCAUCGCAGCAUCUCCCCACAUGUAUUUGCCCCCCAUUUGCCCAUAAUGCAUCCAUCCCUUUUUUUUUUUUUUGCGCUUGAAUAAUAGGCUGUACAUACGUGCAUAAGCGCGCUGCUACCCACGUCGUGUGCUCCUUUUGUUCGUAAAACAUAACUGCAAAGGAGAGCAUAGCUCACAGCUCGCCCCCUUUGGUUUGUUCAUCGAAGUGCCUGCCCACAUACUUUGGCGUGUUCAAGGAGCCAUCCCCCCCCCCUACCCUCUGUCGCAUAGCUUAAAAAAAGAGCAUACAGGAACGCUUCGUGUUGUGAACGAAAUCCGUUGGCCAUUCUUUAAGCCGCCCGUCAACUCCCCUUUUCCCCAUUUUGUUAAUCACGCGAAGAUUUCUUCUUUAACCAUGGAAGAUGACAAGAACGAUUACAAUCCCGAGGAGGAAGUCACCACUGGAAAUUGGAACACUCCAAAGAUCGAACUGAAAGAGGUGGAGAUACGGACGGGUGAAGAAGAUGAAAGCCUGUUCUGGUCAGGGAGGUCCAAAUUGUACAGGUGGGUAGAAGGCGAGUGGAAGGAAAGAGGACUAGGGGAAUCCAAACUGUUGUUACACAAGAAAAAAGGAAUCAUCAGGUUUCUUUUAAGGCAGGAGAAAACACUAAAGGUUGUGGCAAACCACUACAUCUACCCCAAUAAGUCCUACUGCAAACUCGUGCCCAACGCAGGAAGUGAAAAGAUCUACGCUUGGACCGUCAAGGAUUUUGCGGAGGAACCCAAAAUUGAGCAGUUCGCCCUAAAAUUCAACACGGCGGAGGCGGCCAAGCUGUUCAAGCAGAAGUUUGAUGAGGCGGGCCAAGUGAAUUUGAAGCUGCUCGAUGAUAAUGGGCAGCUCAAGGGGAAGGUCGCGGAGGAGAAGGAGGAAGUGAAAAAGGAGGAGAAGAAGGAGGAGGAGAAAAAGGAAAAGGAGGAGGAGAAAAAGGAGGAGAAAAAGGAAGAGAAAGAGGAGGAGAAAAAGGAGGAAAAAGAGGAAGUGAAAAAGGAGGAAAAAGAGGAAGUGAAAAAGGAGGAGAAAGAGGAAGUGAAAAAGGAAGAGGAGAAGAAGGAGGACAAAAAGGAAGAGAAAAAGGAGGAGGAAAAAAAGGAGGACACAAAGGAAGAGCAGAAGGAGGAAGAGAAGGGGGAGGAAAAGUCGAAGGAAGAUUCCAAAAGCGGGGAGCAGGAGAAGGAGAAGGAGAAGAAGAAGGAGGAGGAGGAAGAGAACAUCAAGCGAGAAAACUGACUCGAGUGGGUUUGUCCUCCGCGCGGGUGCAGCGGUGGCUUAUGUUCGCAUGUGGAAGCUGCUGUCCCCCCUGCAGACGCUUGAGUGCAUAUACCCCUUACGCCUUGCUGACGACAUCGAAGAACACACGCAACGCAGACGUGGCCCCUCUCCCCCGCGUGGGGAGUUCCCCCAAGUGAAUACAUAAAACUUUUGCACUUUUAAAGGGCGGCAGGUCUGCUUGUGCCACAACAGGUCGUCCCACCGCGCGCGGCGUGCUCAUGUAUGUAUGUAGGCAUGCAUGUAGGCAUAUAUUAUGUAGGCGCUUGUGCGCCCGUGCGUGCACGUGUGUGUUUCCCCCCACCAAGUUUUUUAAAAGCAUAUAUACACCCUUGUAUAUAUUUUUUUUGUACUGGAGAAUCGAGCAGCCGUCCUGCGCGACUGAAGGUCGGCAGGGAUGAACGAGUGGGAUAAACUGCCAACAUGUGCAAUCGUAUGCCGAAAGAGGCGGCAACAUGUCGAAAGAUGCCGCAAAUGCAGCAGAAUGUCGCAAAAUGCCGCGAAUGUCGCAAAUGCCGCGAAUGCCGAGAGGCUCCUUCCCAUAACAGCGCGCGGCGCACGCCAUUUUUCAAACCAAGCACACUCAUUUUUGUACACCUG